AUGCCUCGAGGCCCUCUCAGGCGGCGGCAACUCAACCACAAUCGACCAGUCCCACGCGUCGCUAAUCGAGCAGUCGUCAAUAAUGCGGCCAGAGCUGAACUCGAACGCAAGCUUGCAUCAAAGCCAGUCGGCCAGAGACCAACCGACAGCGAUGAUAGCGAUAGGCUCGUUGUCAAGGGAGAUGGGAGAAGAGGCAGAAAUGUCGUGAAGCAAGAAAUCUAUGCGACGGGGGCUGUGGCGGAAGGUGACCAGCCAGGUGCAUAUCCCACCAGAGCCCAAAGGAGAAGAAGCUUGAACAGAGACACGAAAGAGGUGCUUGCCCAACGACAUGGCGAAACACGUGAAGAUGUCGCCUCCGCAGAUCACGUCUCCAUGCCUGCGAAGCACCGUACAUCGCUUCUAGUAAAUGGUACUAUGAAUACAUCAACAAGUGAGGGACAGCCCAAAGGCCAAACGGCAGCAGCCGUGGCCUCUGCGAUCAAGGCGCCUGGAAGUAUCCUACGACCAACCCAACCGACGCCUUCUCGGGAAACCUCUAUAUUAGGCACUCUGAAGCCUCGGCGAAGGCAACCAAGCAUUCUGCAGAAUAUCGACCAUGACUCAUCCAGCUUUGACCUAGAUGACGAAGAACAAUUCUUACCUGAUGCCGAAUCGACUCCAUUCAAUCUAUCCAAAUCCAGAAGUCUGCAUUCGACCCCUGCGACCACCUCAACCCAAUCAUCUAUCCCGCGAAAGCGAAAACUGGGCCAAUCAGACCCCAUGCAUGCCCUCGAAGACCAAGGUCAACAGCAGACUAGGUCUCCGCUUGCGACCAUGCAUCGUCGGAGCACCACCCCUGAGUCGACGCUGCCUGCAAUUCCUGUUUCAACGCUUCGAGAAUCAGGUAGGAAGCAACGAGAACGCAUCACUGAUGAGAACGAUGUCAUGGCGCCUCCGCAGAGCAGCUCUUCACCAGCACCUUCGACCACGGAAUCCAAACCAAUCAUCCCACCAAAGAAGGCUCGCAAGAAAGCUCAAGUAAAACCGGUUCGGUUGAUGACUACAGAAGAGUUGCAGGCUGUCAUGAUGCCAGCGAAAAGACGACGCACUGCAAGGGAGCGGACUCUGAUAAAAGCUACAGAGUUUGACAUUCCUGCGGACUCUGACUCUCCUACACAUGAGCUAGACCAUGACUCGAGCUUCCUUCCGACAAAGAAAGGUAGGAAGUCUACCAAGAGGACGGAAACGGCGAGCAAUUCGAGGGUAAAGCCUGGGAACGGCGAACUCGGCCAGGCUACAGUGGCGGGCAAGCAGAAAGGCGCUAUCAGCCUCAAUGCCAAACUAAAACCAAGUACGAGAAAUCUCAUCACUACUACCAUUACCACUUCCGCGCCUAUCCUCUCGCCCUCCACGUCCAGAAGGAAUCGCGAAACUAAGUCUCCCUCACAGCUUUCAUCUACCGUCGCAAGUACUACACGUUCGACCAGGGCGAGCAUGAAAACAACAACUACCGAGUCAGUCUCAACGUCGGCGGCGCCAUCAGGGAAGCGAUAUGGUGGUUCUUCGAACCUCCACAUUGCCGCACAUCUAGCGGACAAAGAAAACGCACCAAGUGGUCUCGACCCAUCCCAAGAAGAAACUUUCGAGGAUGGUUAUGACGAGGAUGGCGGUGUGGAUGGUGCUAUACAAAGAUAUGUAGAUUCUCCAGCGAAGCAGGCCGUCACGGGCAGGAAUAAAUGGGCAGAUAUAGAUGCUUGGGAUAUGGACUUUGAAGAAGUCGAGGUCAUGACACCCUCAGGGUCUGGUGGAAGUUCGCCUAUGAAGAGGUGA